CCUCUUCACCAGCAGCAGAGGCACACUGCAGUUGGCCAGUGAGGGAAAGGAGAUUUGAGAUUUUUUUUUUUCUUUCCCGACAAGAAGAAGAAGCAGAAAAAAAGAAAAGAGAGAGAAGCGUUCAGACGUGAAUAUUGGGACGUUGUGUUUUCCUGACGUGUCGACUGAAUCUGAGUCUUGAGUCCUGAGUCUGUCACUCUGAGGGGAGAUAAAAAAAAAAACCAAACCCCCCCCCAAAAAAAGGAGAAGAGCUGUCACUAUGUCAAGAGUUGCCAGUCUGUCCAAACUGCGGCAGGAGAGGAUGAGGGAGAUCAACAUGCGGAAUAAAGAGAGAGAACAAAUGAGGGAACGGGAGAAGGCAGCCAGAGAAAGGGAAGCGUGUUACGGCAACGGUCACUUGUUCACAACGCUGACGGUGUCAGGAACUACACUCUGCACGGCCUGCAACAAGAGCAUCACUGCCAAGGAAGCGCUCAACUGCCCGACAUGCAACGUCACCAUCCACAACCGCUGCAGAGAUACUUUGCCAAACUGUGCCAAAAUGAGACAGAGGCAGCAGAAGACAGUCCUGUUGAGGAAUAACUCAGGUUUGCACAACGUCACACUGCGCGCAAAAACUCCAGGCAUGCGUGAACGUCCAACCUCGGCGAUCUACCCCUCCGAGAGCUUCCGACAGACCCUGCUGGGGUCACGGCGAGGUCGCUCCAGCCUUUCACUCUCCAAGAGCGUCUCCACCAACAACAUCUCAGGCGCUCUGAACGACGACUCUCCUCUGGGCCUCCGCAGGAUCCUGUCCCAGUCCACAGACUCGCUCAGCUUCAGGGCCAGAGCCAUGUCUGUGGAGUCGCUCAAUGAUGACGGAGACAUUUACUAUACGUCAGUGCUGGAGGAGUUGGAGAUGGAGAUCCAGGACUUUAAGGCAGACUCGUGGAGCACGGCUGUGGACACCAACUAUCUGCAGGCACAUCGCAAAAACGUCAUCAAGAGGCAGGACGUCAUCUACGAGCUGAUCCAGACGGAGCUGCACCACAUGCGCACGCUCUACAUCAUGGAGAGGGUGUUUCAGCAGGGCAUGCUGGACGAGCUUCAGCUGGAACUGAGCACCGUGCACUCAAUCUUCCCCUGCUUAGACCAGCUCAUCAGAAUACACUCUCACUUCCUGGCACAGCUGCUGCUGCGGCGCAACAACAGCCUGCAGCCUGGAUCCAGCCACAACUUCACCAUCCACGAGCUGGGAGACAUUCUGUUACAGCAGUUCUCAGGCCAGAGUGGCGACGACAUGAGGAAGACUUACGCCGAGUUCUGCAGCCGCCACUUAAAGGCUCUUAAAGUCUACAAGGAGCUGCUGGCUCGAGACAAGAGGUUCCAGUACUUUAUACGACGGGUGAGUCGAGGACCGUUGCUACGUUGCCACGGGGUUCAGGAGUGCAUCUUGUUGGUGACUCAGCGAAUCUCCAAGUAUCCUGUCCUCAUUCAGCGCAUUCUGGAAAACAGCACCGAGGACGAGGAAGAAGCUGCUGCUGUGGCCCAGGCGCUCAGCAGAAUCAGAGAACUCCUUACUUCAAUAGACCAGCAGGUGGAGGAGAUGGAGAAAACACAGCGGCUGCAGGAGAUCCAGGCCAGACUUGACCCCAGAUCUGAGGCCAGAGUGAGAGACGGCAGAAUUUUCAAGACCGUGGAGUUACUGCGACGCAGACUUGUCCACGAGGGAACCCUGUUCUGGAAAACACCAGGAUCCAGACUCAAAGAUAUACAGGUCUUAUUGAUGACGGACAUCCUGGUGUUCCUGCAGGAGAAGGACCAGAGGUACAUCUUCCCAAGUCUGGACAAACCCCCGGUGCUGUCCCUGCAGAACCUCAUCGUGAGGGACAUCGCCAAUCAGGAGCGAGGCAUGUUCCUCAUCAGCGACUCCUGUCCGCCCGAGAUGUACGAGCUCCACGCCGCCACCAAGGAAAACAGGAACGUGUGGAUACGACACAUCCAACGCACAGUCAGCAAGUGUCCGUCAAGAGAGGAGUUCCCUCUCAUCGAGACGGAACACAAGGCCCAUCUGAGGAGACUCAAAGCCGAUCUCCAUCAGAAGGACCGGGAGGUGCUGGAGCUCCUGCAGGAGAGGGUGAUGGUGUUCUGUGAGCUGGCAGAGCUGACCAGUGGUCAGGAGGGACUUCAUCCUCCCAUCACUCGCUACCUGUUCCGUGCGGACACACCACAAGCUCCCCGAGCGGAGAAACUGCUACUGGAUGCAACAGCUGAAGUGGACAGACUGAGUGAACUCCUCCUGGGCUCCAGUGUGGACAUACCUAUUCUAUGUCAUCACAACCACAAGGAGGUGGCAGACACCGGUCCUCAGGAUCUCCUGCUCAACGGAGCCCAUGAGUUUUGUGCCUCAAAGGACAGCAUGAGGAGUCAAGACAAGACACCUUCCUCUGUAAGUAAGAGGCUUCAAGGAAACGAGAUCUGUCAGAGACUGGUGAAUCUCAGUGUUUAUCUUCACGCACUUCAGGGUGCGAUCAUCAAGCAGGACUCGAUCCUGGAAAUGCUGCUACAAUCUCAGGACACCACAGUGCCGGCUGGAGGAGGAGGAGGAGGAGGAGGAGCAACGCGCCCUCUGUGGCGAGACGGCGGAAACCGUGAGGCCAACGUGGGGUCGUCCAUCGGGGAACUGGCUCUUCUGCAGAGACAACACAGCCUGCUGCAGGACGAGCUGCUGAGACUGCGCGACGCAGAGAACCGCUUCAAGGACAGCGAGAAGGCCCGGGCCAAGCUGGAGAAGCAGGUCCGACACAUGAAGGUCUGCAGUGGAGGACCUGCACCUGACGCUCAGCAGAUGGAGGAGCAGACUUCUCAACCUGUGUCUCUGCGGCCUGGACGGGACGACUUCCGUGCAGCUGACACGGUGCAGGCCAGACCGGAGUCUGACUGCGCAGCAGAUGGUCUACAGGACGGCAGUGAUUUGGAGGUUGACAUGACAUCGGAUGAUGAUGACGAUGACGACGAGACAUCGGAAAACUCCAAAGGUCUUCAUGAUAUUCCAGAGGACCUGUGACUGUCGGCAGGUCACACACGGCUUAUAAUCAGCUCAUAGCGAUAAUUUAAUGUUACGCCGUUUGACUGCAACAGUUUCUCUUCUUUCUGCAAGUCUUAAUAUUUAUUUAGCUGCUUUUGACUCGAUGGUUUUGUGACAGUGACUUGUUUUAUUUUCCUUUUUUUCAAUGCUUUGGAUUGUUUGUUUCCUUGGUUUGAUACAAUGACUUGACUAAAGGGCUGUGGGGAAUGGAUCUUGCUCAUAUGUACAGGUUUGUAUUUGUACUAUUGUAUCUUGAUAUUUAAGGAUCAUAUUGUUUGCAACUCGUACAUUUCUAAGCUUUAGCGACUUUUAAUUGUGCAAAUCAAAAUGCACUUUGUCAAAUUUGCACAAAACAUGCAGGGCUCGUUACUUUUUAUCCUCAGUAUGUGGGAAUUUAUUAGAUUUAUUAGUAUUUGGAACAGAUUCCUUUCAGCGACUCCAGUCGCCUAAAUAUUUACUCUAUGCUGUAACUGUAUAUUUAAAAUAGUAAAUACUUGAUUUUAAAAAUGGAAUAUACAUGUUUGUAGUUUAAAAAUGGCUGGAAAUCUAUUUUAUAUUAUAGUGAAGUGAUCAGUUGAAUUGACUGAGGGGAUUGAAAGACAUUUUAAGAGAGCAGAAUUAUUUGUAAGAUAUAAUCUGAACAGAUUUAGCAUGGAAAAGCUUCAGAGAUGCUAAAUAAUAUAAAGGAAACACAGACAUAUAUAUAAAAUAAUAUAUCAUAUAAGCUCAGAGCCUUCACUGACUCCAGUCUUCUUUGGCUUUGAUGCAGUUAAAGGUACAGUGUGUAAAAAUGAAGGUGUAAUAAUAAUUGAAUGAUACUUUUUAAAUUCAAUUUAAGUUCAAUAAUAAAUGAACAAAUAUCUUAAUUUUGGUUAUAUUCAUAUGAAAAGUAAACAUCAAUCAAGAUCUUUUAACACAAAAGUGCCAAUAACCGAAAAAGUAAUAGGCUAAAGCACAAGGGUAAACCCCCAGGAAAUCAGUGAAAAUACAUCAAACAUUACACUUUAGAGUUAUCAAUUCACACUGUAAGCUGUCAUUUUUAUUUAUUUUUUAAUUUUACAUUUCAUUUUUUUUUAAACCAAAAAGAGUUUUAAACAAUUGAAAUUUGUCACUGCUAGUGUCAAACAUAAAUAAUCCUCUUAAAUUUUAUAAUAUCCUGUGUCUGAACGCAAACAGGACACAGUUUUAUUCACCACACGGAAAAUGAUCUCUCUUUUGAAUAUACAAUGUCUAUAGACAUUUUAACAUGAAAGAUCCUAUGAAAAACUGAUGAGUUGAUUCCAGAUAUCAUUUAUUAUUCAAUCAUUGCUCUUGCCUGAAGUUUAAUAUAGGAUCCAUCACCUGAUUGUUGUUUUUCAUUAACCCAGAUUGAGACAAACAUCUUUUGAGUUUUGACACUAACUGAAGGCUACGUAACGUGAGAAUUAAUUCAUUAAUGCUAAAUUUUACACACUGUACCUUUUUAAAUUGCAUGUGAACGACAUUCCGAGAAAACAGGGUUGAACUGAAUGUAUGUCCAGGUGACACUGAACAGAACUAUCCAGAUAAUGAUGAGAUGUCAACCAUUGCCCAAAGUGUCUUUAUGUCAUACAGAGAUAACAACAUUCUAAAGUCCAAAUACACUUUCCAUAUUAUUUAUAACGUGCAGUUAUUACCUAAACAAAACAUCACGGUGUCAUCCUUGCCUCCUUUGGUCUUCUUAUCCUCUGUAAGUGCUUCUACACCCAACUUAAAGGUCAGUGCCUUUUAAAAAAAACAAAAACCUUUAGAAAUGACUGUUACACGAGGAAAUGAGGGUUUAAAAUGAACAUGUAUAUCCACCUUUGUGCUGGAGACACUUCACUUUAUCAAUGUGAAUGUAAAACACUUUAGAGGAGUGACUCACAUGCACCGAACAUUAGAGCCAGAGGUGGCAAGGAAUGAUGUAAAAAUACUUUGUUACUGUAUUUAAGUAGAUUUUUCAGGUAUCUGUGCUUGAGUAUUUAUUUCUCUGAUGACUAUCUACUUUUACUCACGUUAUUUGAAGACAUAUUUCUGCUCUUUCUACUUCUCACGUUGUCAAAAUGUACCGGCUCGUUCAUUUUUCAACCUCUUCGGAUGGCGACGUGACGUAAAAGACACAAACUAGAGAGGGAAAGGAGCAGAGUGAGUAUGUGCCCAUGGCCUUAUUGUAGAGAGCUACUCAAAUUUAUCUGCGCCAAGAAUGAUGUCUUGUGCUCACCUAAAACCCACUAGCUCAUGUAGAACCUCUGCUCACUUCUUUUUAUACUAGCAGCGGUGCAGGUUGCUAAAAAAAGAAGACCCUAUUUCGUGUGCCGUUGUUAAAAAGGUAUUGUACAUCACUGAGAGUAAAAAGUUAUUUUUACUUUUGUAUUUAAAUACAUCCCAGAGCCUGUACUUUGAAUUUUAAGUUGAAUCAGUACUUUUACUUAAACCAGAGUCGUUGUUUUACACAAGUAUCUGUACUUGUACUUAAAUACAGAAUGUAAGUACUUGCCACCUCUACUAAGAGCCAUAACACAACUAUAUCUUGAAUGUUUUUUCUUGCAAUGUUUCCUUUCUUCCUUAAACCAAAAGUUAAUGAUACAUUUCUUGAAACAAUAAAUUGAAAGGGACAGUGA